AUGCGACGGCCGGAGCAGAGCAACGGGCCCCUGACCCUGCAGAACCCGGCGAGGCGGGCGCUCAGCGGCUGCAUGCCGUCGCUCGCCACUCCCAAGUCGCCGCCGCCGGCAUAUGGGAGCAUCGUCACCGUGCUGAGCAUCGACGGCGGCGGCGUCCGCGGCAUCAUCCCCGGGACUAUCCUAGCUUUCCUCGAAGAAAAGCUCCAGGAGCUUGAUGGACCGGACGCGAGGAUCUCAGACUACUUCGACGUGAUGGCUGGGACGAGCACCGGAGGGUUGGUGACGGCCAUGCUCACCGCGCCCAACGCCGACGGCCGUCCGCUCUUCGCCGCCAAGGACUUAAAUGACUUCUACAUGGAACACUGCCCAAAUAUCUUCCCUCCGGUCAGCAAAAGGCCUUUCGGAUUGUUGAAGAGCAUGACCGGACCCAAGUACGAUGGUGAGCACCUCCGCUCGGUCGUCAAGGAGCUGCUCGGGGACACGCGAGUCGAUCAGACGCUUUCAAACAUUGUGAUCCCCACCUUUGACAAGGCCAUGAAGGAUGUCUCCAAGAACGCUUUUCUAUCAGAUGUCUGCAUCGGCACAUCUGCCGCACCGACCUACCUCCCCGGCCACCAUUUCGAAACAAAGGAUGAGGGCGGUAAGCCACGAGCCUUUAACCUCAUCGACGGAGGCGUCGCGUCAAACAAUCCGACGUUGUUAGCAAUGACCGACGUGAGCAAGCAGAUCUUGAUGGGAAACCCUGACUUCUUUCCCAUCAAGCCGGUAGACUACGGCAAGUUCAUGAUCCUUUCAUUGGGCACCGGGGCGGCUAAGAUUGAGGAGAAGUUUGAUGUCGCCGAGUGCAGCAACUGGGGCGUCCUCGGGUGGCUAUACAAUAGGGGUGCCACUCCCAUCAUCGACAGCUUCAGCCAGGCUAGCACCGACCUCGUCGACAUCCAUGCCUCUGUGCUUUUCCAGGCGCUUCACUGUGAGAAGCGCUACCUCCGGAUCCAUGACGAUGGGCUCAAUGGCGAAACAGCCUCUGUCGAUGUGUCCACGCCGGAGAAUCUCAACAGGCUCGUUGAUAUUGGCAAGUCGUUGCUGAAGAGGCAGGUGUGCAAGGUGAACGUCGAAACCGGCAAGAACGAGCCUGACUCAAAGAAUAGGGGCACCAAUGAAGAGGAGCUGAUCUAUUUCGCACGCAUGUUGUCGGAAGAGCGCAAAGCCAGGCUUCUCAAGGAGGGCGACCUAGCUUGA